AUGGCUGCAUGUCCGGCGGGAACCUUGUUUGGUGUAUUGAGAUCCGAUUGCAAAGACAAAGGUGGAAACAAUUUUGAGAGCGCACCUGCAAGCAUUAAAAAACUGCCGAAGUUGAAAUAUCUCGGAUUAAAUGAUUGCAAGAGACUUAAAUCUUUACCAGAGCUUCCAUGCUUAGAAGACAAAGAUGAAGACUUAUUAUAUGAAAACAAAAACAAUAACGAAGAAUCAUAUCUUGACUUUCAUAAUUGCAUCAAUUUGGACAAGGAUGUAUGUGAGAAAGUAACGGAGGACGUAUUUGUAAAGCAUCUGUUGCAACACAAGGGAUGUAAAAGUUUGGUUGAGAUUCCCUCAUCUCUUCAAAAUCUGAUCAAGCUUACUGAUCAAGAUUACGUUCUCACGGGAAAUAUUGUUCAAACUCUGCUUGCAAAAAAGCCUUCUACCACGGCUUCUACGUCUUCUACUCCUCCAGACAUGGCUUCUACUUCUUCUACUCCUCCAGAUCAGUACAAGAAAUGGGAUGCUUUCAUUAGUUUUAGAGGCAAAGAUAUCCGUAAGGAUUUUCUCUCCCAUCUCUUGAAAGCUUUGUUUGGAAAACAAAUCAAAGCCUUCUUGGAUGAAAACCUUGAUAAAGGAAAAGAGAUAUCCAGUUCUCUCCUCGAAACAAUUGAAGAAUCAUACAUCUCAGUGGUGAUAUUCUCUGAAAAUUAUGCAGAGUCUCCAUGGUGCUUAGAUGAGCUCGUGAAGAUACUUCAAUGCAAGAAAACAUUAGGACAAAUAGUCCUACCAGUUUUUUAUCGUGUAGAUCCAACUGAUGUUCAAGAGCUGAGAGGGAAUUUUGGAGAGGCAUUCUCUCAGGCUCAGCAUGGAGAAGAAGUAAAAAAGGUGGAGGAAUGGUGCCAUGCUUUGAAAGAAAUCAGCAACUUAGCAGGAUGGGACUCACAGUCACGGAAUAUCAAGUCUGAGUCCGAACUAGUUGAGGAAAUAGUAAAUGUUGUUUUGGAGAAAUUAAAUGACACCUUUAAAGGUGAUUAUGAGAAUGAUGAUUUAAUUGGAAUUGAAUCACGUGUGAAGAAAAUGGAAGAAUUAUUAUUUUCUGAAUCAGUAAAUGAUAAACGAGUUGUAGGAAUUUGGGGGAUGGGAGGUAUUGGAAAGACAACUCUUGCUGAAGAAGUAUUUCAUCGAAUCAAGGCUAAAUUUGAUAGUCACUGCUUUGUUGCCAAUGUUAGAGAAGAAAUAAUGAAGAGAGAAAGAUGGAUAUAUAGAUACACCUCAUUUGGGGCUUUCAUGAGGAGAAGACUUCAAAGUAAAAAAGUACUCAUUGUCUUUGAUGAUGUAGAUGAUCCAAACGAUUUAAAGUUUUUAGGUGGAAUUUGUGAUUGGUACAAUAUGGGAAGUAGAAUAAUUAUAACCAGCAGGGAUAGGCAAACACUUAUAAAUGUUUGCCUUGAGAAGUGUAUAUAUGAGGUUAAAAAAUUAAUUGAUCGUGAAGCUCUUCGUCUCUUUAGCUUAUAUGCCUUCAAACAAGAUCAUCCCAAAGAAAGAUAUGAGAAGCUAUCGGUGAUGGCAAUAAGAUAUGCUCAAGGCAAUCCGUUGGCUCUUAGAGUUUUUGGCUCUAAUAUGUAUAAAAAGGGUAUAGAAGAAUGGGAAAGUGAGUUGAAAAAACUGAAAGAAAUUCCUGAUUUGAACAUUCAAAAUGUCCUGAGAAUAAGUUAUGAUAAACUAGAUCGUCAUAAAAAAAACAUAUUUCUUCAUAUUGCAUGUUUCUUUAAGGGGGAGCCUAGAGGUGAUGUUGAGAGAAUACUAGAUGCUUGUGGUUUAUCUGCAAGAAGUACAAUAAGUUGUCUAAUUGAUAAAUCUCUCAUAACCAUUUCAUCAAACAAUGUUGUUGGUAUGCAUGACUUGUUGCAACAAAUGGGCAAGGAAAUUGCUUAUGAGGAAUCCAAACAACCUGGAGCAAGCAUCAGGUUAUGGAAUUACAAUGAUAUUUGUCGUGUAUUGUCAACAGAAACGGGAACUCAAAAUGUUGAAAGCAUAUUACUUGACAUGCAUGAGGUGAAGGAUAAUUUGGUGCUAAGUUCCACAGCCUUCAAGAAGAUGUACGCUCUUAGAUUCCUCAAAUUCUUCAAUGUUUCUAAUUCCGGACAAGGACAAGUGCUGCUUCCUAGCAGCCUUGAAUUUCUACCAGAAGGGCUAAGAUAUCUUUACUGGGAUAGAUACCCUUCGAAGUAUUUGCCUUUGAAGGGUUGCACAAAAUAUCUUGUAGAACUCCACAUGCCUAGUAGCAACCUCAAAGAACUUUGGAACGGAGAUGAGGCAAGAGUUAUUGAUCUUGGAAAUCUGAGACUUUUAGACCUCAGAGACUCUUCUGAGCUGACCAGAGUUCCAGACUUGUCUAGCGUCCCAAAUCUUGAGUUUUUAAGUUUGAGGGGUUGUUUAAGCUUGAUUGAGAUUCCUAGCAGCAUCUGCAAUCUGAAAUCUCUUACACUCCUUGAUAUCUCAUUUUAUCAGAAUGUCAAUGGAUUGCCAGAGAACAUAGGGAAUUUAGAAUUGCUGCAGGAACUUAAUAUAUUUUCAAGUAGAAUAAAAGCAUUACCAUCCUCCAUCAAUCAAUUGAAAAAUUUGGUAGACUUAAAUUGUGGUUUAUGUGAAGGUUUGACAUUGCCUCCUUUGACAGGUUUGUCCUGUUUGCUGGAUAUGUCUUUAAAUUACUCUGGUAUAUUAGAAAUUCCCCAGAGUCUUGGGUGUUUAGUGUCAUUGACAUACUUACAUUUAGCUGAAAGCAAUUUUGAGAGUAUACCUGCAAGCAUUAAACAACUAUCUCAGUUGGAAACACUUUGGUUAGAUGGUUGCAAGAGACUUAAAUUAUUACCAGAGCUUCCCUGCUUAGAAAGAUUGCAUGCAUCGGGUUGCACAUCUUUGGAAUCUGCAUCAACUUCAUUCCUUUUCACAGAACACGAAGUCGAAUAUAGAAUUGCAACUUUUCUUGAAUUUCGUAAUUGCAUCAAUUUGGAUAAGGAGAAAGUAAUGGAGGAUGUAUUGGAAACGCAUCUGUUGAACGAUGAGAUUGUAGAAUUAUGUAUACCCGGGGAUGAAGUGCCUCAAAGGAUGAGAUAUAAGAACCAGAGAGGAUCUUCACUCUCAUUCACGCUAGAUAAGCCAAACUUGAUUGCUGUUUCUUUAUGCCUUGUUUUUAAUCCCAAAAAUCAUUAUUGUGAUUUUGUUCUCCUUACUUGCGAAGCCCAAUUCAUUGAUAAAUCUGGACAUAACAGUGAUUUCGUUUUUGAUUUCCCUCAUUUAUUGGCGGUUGAUGGGUUAGAAUCAAAACAUGUGUGUCUUUGGAAUAAAUUGUUCAACAUGGAAGACAGUUUCGUUGAGGCCUCAUUUCAGUUCUGCCUUUACAAGUACUCAUCCUCACUUCAAGGUGCGGGUCCAUAUACCGAGGGUAUGAUUAAAUGUGGGGUACAUCCUAUAUAUGUUCGAGACAAAUGUUGGUUGCAGAGAUAAAAAGAGAAUUAGAAAUCAAGAAGAUGAGGAAGAAGAACCUUCUCCCCUUAGAUUGAAACAAGACCAAAAACCUUACAACAGCACUACCACCACGGCAGAGUCUUCUUAGGUGUUUGAAGAAGGGCUUAUCGACGGCUGGAGGAAGUGAGUAAGAGGCGAGGAAGUCCGAUUGACGCCGGGGAUGUCAUGGUUGGCAAGGGAGAGUUGCUGUCCGCCUUCUUCUCCCCUUUAUUUUCGCAUCCUUGGUGAAAAGAAACAAUGAAACAAGGCUGAAUUCGAGGCAAGGA